GGGAUCAUCAAUUAUCAACGACCCGACUUCGAUAACUAUAAUGGCCUUAUAAGCUACCGCCAUCUUUUCCACUGUUACAUCUGCCAGUCCAUCUAUCGGUGAUCGGUAAUCAGCUCAUAUACAGAAGAAUCUUGACCUCUACCGACUGGACCACCACACGCGACGAGAUGGAGGACAACAAUGAAUACGAACAAGAACGUCUGAAAAUCAUCGCAGAGAACGAGAAACUUUUGACAUCUCUCGGACUGAAUGGCUUUUCCUCCAAUGCGCCUUCGUCUAGAGCUUCGAGUUCGACUCCGGCUUCGAAACGUAAAGCACCGGCAAACGGCAAGCAUGAGCCCACCAAGAAAAAGGCAAAGAUCGUUGCUCCACCUCCUGCUCGGCUGAGUAUGAGGUUGAGAGGACAACAGGCAAAGACGGAGGAGGACGUACAGGCGAUCGAAGAAUUCAAUGCCAACCUUGAAAAAGAAAACCAGAGGAAUCGGUACUUGGCGAAAAAGAUCAGGAAACCCGUCAUGGAAUUGGGAGAGAUGAUGGACGAGGAGGAAGACGAGAAAGACGUGAACAAGAUUAAAGAUCUGCAAACUGUAUUCCACGACCUAUCGCUCAAAGAUUUCCCUCGACCUUCCGGGAUGAACAGAGACUACGACGACCUCGAACCCGCCUCGGCUGCCGCACAGGCCGCUGACCUUUCCCUCAGACAGCUAUAUGGCAAGGUCCGGUACAUUGACGAGGUCAAGGCCACGGCCGGAAGGUCUUAUAGCUUGAUAGUUCAUCCGGAAAAAACAAAGUGUCUGGUCAUCUCGGGAGAUAAACGGGGUCAGCUUGGAAUCUGGGAUGCCGACGCGAAUGCCCAAGGCGUCGCCGACGAGGAUGAAGAAGAUUCCCCUACGAAUAACGUAUGGAGAGUGCAGGCUCAUCAAGCCAGCGCGAUUAGCUGUCUCCGUUGGAACCCGGUCAACAGUCAGACCCUCUACACGGCAUCCUACGAUUGUUCGCUGCGCCGAUUCGACCUUGCGACUGCUACCUCUACCGAAGUCUACUCAACACCCGACGUCGACGCCCUUUUCAAUCAAUUCGACUUGACACCGGAUGGUGAUCAAGUCUGGCUGUCUGACUCGGAUGGCGGGAUGAACCAUCUAGACAUGAGGGAGGGCAAGCAUAUCAGGCGUCGAUACGUCAUCGCCGAGUCGCCUUCUGCUGCCGGGAAAAAGGUCGGGGGUUUCAGCAUUAAUCCCGUCGAACCCUGGCUGGUUUGUAGUGCACACAAUGACCGAAAUAUGCGCAUAUGGGAUCUUCGCCAUAUUGACAAGGUCAAAAUGCAGCCUUUUGAAUUCGAGGAAGGUCCAAAACCGGCAGAAGGGAUUGAACCUCCACACGAUAGCGAAACGUACCCAACACAAAACUGUGAAUGGGAUGCCAUCAGCGAAUACGAGGCUAAAAAACCGAAAGCAAGGAUACUCCGAGCACGAGCUCCGCAUGGACUCAGUUGUAGUGCUGCAUUUUGGGACAUGAGCGGGAAGAGGAUCUUGACGACCAGUUAUGACGACAGAAUCAGAGUUUGGGAUGCUAACCCCUCAAAAUUCGUCGACAACUCGCCUACACGCAAUCUAACGGAGGUCUGGCAGGCGAGACACGAUACGCAGGUUGGACGCUGGGUGACCGUUUUCAAGGCCCAAUGGAGUCCUUAUGCCGAUAUCGCUCCGCACAUUAUGGUCGGCAACAUGAAACGUCGCCUUACGAUCCUGAGUGGUCUGACAGGUUCAGUCAUCGGUGACUUCAGCUACAACACCAUAACCGCGGUUCCCGCAGUUCACGCGAUGCAUCCCAACAGACCCGGUACGGUCCUGGGUGCAAAUGCCAGUGGAAAGGUCAUGAGAUUUGCCGUUGUUGAAGACGAAUGACCUCGCGGGUGGUGCGUUCCUACCCUGGUGCUACUAUACCACUUGUACCGAUCGGUUUACAAUGUCAAGAUUCCAUGGCCAAUUUGCUUGAUCGCACUCUCGUGGCAUCUUCCUGCAACGGGGCCGAGCCUUCUUGUCUGGCUGGUCACAGUGUCCGAUGCCUGCUACCGCUGAUCAACAGCGCGAGCGUCGGCGCUUGAUCUACAUGACGAAGGAGGGUGAUGAAUCCUAAUUUCUAGAGAUUGCUGUGGCCGGUACGCGACGAGUCUCUGGUCUGUCAGCUAGCUAGCAACGAAGCGACCAGCUCGUCCUUUGAUCUUUGAAUCGUCAUGUCGACAUCGUGUCGAUGAUCGAUGAAGAG